AUGAGUAAUAUUACACCUAGAACAAAAGUGACAACUGCCUGCAAUAAUUGUAAGCUUUUAAAAAUUAAGUGUUCACCUGGCCCAACGUGCUUGAGUUGCGAGAAAAGAAGGAUUGAGUGCAUAUUUGUUCCGGGAAAAAGACGUGGUCCGGUAAAAGUGGAACUUAAGCCAACUGUGAAAAGCCAAAGUAUAGCGCCAUCAGUAAAUGUAAUCGAGGAAAAGCAAGAUGUAUCAAACGAAGACGACAACGAAAGGAUUUAUUAUUCAAUUUUGGGACCAAGAUAUUAUAAUUUCACCGAUGUGCGGUUACCAAUAGUCAACGAAAUCGCUGAAACGAACGCAUCCUGGAGUGGCACGACCGACACCACAAAUGUAAAAGAUAACCUGAAUAUGUCGGACCCAGGAUACGUGUUUAACGAACAACAACAAUUACAAGAUCCCAACCCUUUGCCGAAUAACGUAUUGACAACAUGUGUACCAGACAAUCACUUAUUCGGGUGGUAUAAUCAUCAAUACAACGACAGCAGCAAUAAUAAUAUUGAUCUUAUUGGUGGUAAUGUGGGUACUUGCAGUAGUAUUAAAGGAAAUUUUGAUUAA